GCCUCAGGUUCUCCACUCCUCCCUCUCUUCUCUCUCUCUAACCAGGCCACCCUUACAGUACCAUCACAUCUCACAGUCUUGGCUCGCAAGAAACAGCAACAAAAUAUCUAGACAGAGAGAGAGAGGGAGAGAAAGCUAGGUGUGAUAGGCUGACAAUAGUGACACCAUUAAUUAGUAAGUCGCGGCUACAUAUUAGUCAGAGAGAGACCUUAUAUCUUAUCCUAUAUCUUUCUAUUUGGGGAUGGGAAUGGAAGAGGAGAGCAGCUGCGGUAAAAUAGGGUAUCAAAUCCAGGUGGCGCCCUUCGUAGCGAAGACGUACCAGAUGGUGAACGACCCCAGGACCGACGCCUUGAUCCAGUGGGGAAAAGGGAACAACAGCUUCCUCGUUCUCGACCCCGCCGACUUCUCCCAGCUCCUCCUCCCCUCUUACUUCAAGCACAGCAACUUCUCCAGCUUCGUCCGCCAGCUCAACACCUACGGUUUCAGGAAGGUGGAUCCGGAUCGAUGGGAGUUUGCUCAUGAAUUUUUCCUCCGAGGGCAGACACACCUAUUGCCUUGCAUCGUUCGUCGAAAGAAGAGGAACGACGGUAGUAGCAGCAGCAGCAGCGAUAGGAAGGAAGGCAUCCAAGGGGAGGAGGAAGAGGAGAGUUUAUUAAAAGAGCUUGCGAGGUUAAGACAAGAGCAAAGGGCACUAGAUGAAGAGUUACAACGGAUGAGCAAGAGACUUCAAACCACGGAAAAGCGGCCACAGCAGAUCAUGUCCUUCCUUGUUAAAGUGGCCGAGGACCCCGACUUCCUCCCUCGGCUUAUACUUUCCAAGAAGCAGCAGUUGGCACCGGAGAAGAAGCGGCGGCUUGUCGCACCCUCGACACCUCAUCCUUUCUCUCCUCCUCCUUCCCUCCUCUUGGCAAGCGAAGUCUCACCACCUUUAGACAUCGGCUCGGCAGCAGGACAAACGAACUUUUCCACUUUGGAGCAUCGACCUGCAGGGCCUUUAACAGUAGAAGCAGAGAGAACGUUACCAACUUCUUCCAGUACUUUGGUUGAUACUGGCCGUGAUGGUGGAGUUGGUGUUAACGAUACUGUUAUUUCGGGGAACCAAGUGCGCUUGCUAUCGGAGUUUGGAUUGGCCGAAACGAGCUCGAUGACCGAAAAAGCAGUACCAUUCCCGUUCUCUUUGCUCGGCCACGGAUUCUUCUAGCAUGCUUACUGUGUUCAGAUGGGAAUUUAAAUUGUAAUAAUUAUCUUAUAUUUUGUCUUCCUCCAGCCUCUCAGGAGGAAAGAUAUUGUUUAGCUUUCUAGAUAUUUGUUGCCAUCUCGUUGCAUUAAUUUGUUGUACCUUUCUAAUCUUUCUCAUAGCAAGUGUCAACAAACUAUUCGUCCGAACACGUGAUGGAGUUUUGGGAAGUGGGCUGCUCUUUUUUAUUAUCCUCUGCGUCAGUGCCUACUUUCCGUUCCGGCCGUUCGAUAUUUGCGGCUGGUGAUUAUAAAUACCACGGGUGAGCGUAAGUGAAGACUGACCGAGCUUUUCUGCUUCAGAAAUGGAAAGCUCACCGCCCGAGGAAAGGAAACCAAGAGAUAAGCGAGCACGGGAUUCCCUGACUUCUCUUUCAGUCGAAGUGAAAGGUGAAGGCGGUUGGGAAAGACGGCAUCAGCGGUCAACACUUGGCGAGCUAUAACUGGUGAACUGUUCAUGGGUCAUGUUUUUGGAUAAAAAGUGAUGUGCUCUAUGGCGGUGUUGUGUGGUGGAGUUGAGGGAUCUCCUUUGUUAUAGAAUAUUGCUGUUGCCUUUCCUUCCCUCUUUUUCUUAGCCAAGUACUUCAUAGCGAGGAGGGAUAAAGGAAAAAAUAACUAUAAUAAUAAAGCAAUGUGCUUGUUGACGACAAUAAAGUUAGAUGAUGAUGAAUAAAAAUAAAAGCGUAGUUUUUAAAGGAAAAAAUGACAAGCAUUAAGGGUCGCUCGGAAUCCAGCUAACGUGAUUGAUGGAAAAUAUAUUUGUUUUAAAUUGGAAAUGGGAGAUGCUGA